CCUUUCCUUCUUUAUACAUGCUUCCUUCUUUUUUCCUUCUUUCCAUCCUCCUUUGUCACCUCGUUUCAUUCCUUACCUUCUGUCUUCUUUAUCACCUACCUACUGUCUUUGUGGUUCCUUGCCUCUUUCCUUCCUUGCUGUUGUCUGUUGACAUUGUACAGCUCUGCCAAUAAAGUCUAAGAGGAUUGACUGUUAAUCUGUCAGAUUAGCGACGUUAGCAGUUUGCUGUUAAUCUGCUCAGUGGACAAAAUGGACACGAGGAGGACGCUCAUAUUCUCAGCCGUGCUGUUAGCGACGCUGACGUCAGCGUUUGUUGAAGAACUCGAUGACUCCUUCUUGACAACGAGAACAGUCGACGACAGUUGGAUCAUUAAAUUCUACGCCCCCUGGUGUUCACUCUGUAAACAGCUGGAUCCUGUUUGGCAUCAGAUCGGCUCAGAACUCAAAAGUCUUGGUUCUCCGGUCAAAGUCGGCAAAUGUGACGCCACUGCUAACAUUGGUUUGGCCAAAGAGUUCAGGGUCAAAGGUUAUCCAGCCAUCCUCAUGUGGAAGAAACAUUUGAAAUAUAAUUAUUCAGGCCCAAGAACCAGAGACGCAAUACUGGACUUUACACACCGAGUGUCUGGGCCAGUGGUUCGAUCCCUGAACAGUCUGCAGAUUUUCCAGCACGCCAUAAGCCGCCACGAUAUCAUGUUUGUGUAUGUUGGUGCAACAUCACCUCUGAAGGGAAACUUCAUGUCUGUUGCAGAGGAGUUGGUCGUCCACACACACUUCUUCUCUGCUGCGAGAGACGUCUUGCCCAAGGACGUGUCUCUGUCCUCUCUUCCAACUGUUCUGCUUUUCAAAGACACAACGUUUCACACUUACACAGAGGAGAAUGAUGGAGAUCUGAGGUCAUGGGUCAACAGAGAACGCUUCCCUUACUUCUCCAAAAUCGACAGCUUCGCACUGUAUGCCAUGGGAGAGUCAGGUAAACUGGUGGCAUUGGUGCUGCUGGAGGAGCGUAGCCUGUGUGAGGAGAGUGAGAGGUUAAAAGAUCUGCUGAGAAAAGUGACGUCAGAACAGAGACACAUGUACAGCAGACAUUUCUACUUUGGCUUCAUGACAGGAAAUGACUACAUCAAAGGUCUGAUAAUGAGUGAUGUGAUCGAGCCGUCAUUUGUUGUGGUUAAUUUGUCCAAUGACGGCUACUUCCUGCCUCAUGUCCCUGUGAAGACAGAGCGUCAGCUGCGGGACUUCCUGGAUGGUGUGGUGGAUGGUGGCGUGCAGUGUCAGGGAGGAAACAAUGUCGUCCAGCGAAUCAAACGCCUCAUUUAUGAAGCUAAAGCUAUGCUAACACUCCUCUUCACACAGGUGCCUCUGCUCAGCUUCUUCCUGCUCAGUUUCCCGCUCGCCAUUGCUGCAGCCUUCUUUUACCUGUGCUGUAAGCCCCACAAGUGA